ACCUACGAUGAUCUGAUGUGUGGAUGUGACAUACAUCUCAGGCUCAGCUCUACACUGCCCGAGUUGAAUAUUCUGUAUCAAAAUGAGUAAGAAACGAGUACGAAUAAGAGAGGCAAGUGGAGAAAUUGUAGAACCAGCCAGAGUGACAGAAUCUCGGGAGCGAGAACAAAGGAUGAAAGAACAGGCUGCUUAUUUUAUGACUUAUUUGUACUGCCACAUUUGCAAAAAGAGUAUAAAGGGGUACAAGUACGAACAGCAUAUGCGGGAACAUGAGGCCACUAUGACGCUCCGAUGCACAUACUGCUCAUAUGAGACAGAGGGGAGAUCCGAGAUGACCAGGCAUUUUGGGAGGAUGCAUAAUAGUAGAAAACAGGAGGCGAAAUAUAUCAACUACACUGCGGCGACAAUGGGACAUCUGAGGAAGCGAGGAGAGAGGAGAAGAAGGGACAGGUGGGAAGAAGAAAGGAAGACAGAAAGGGAGAGCACGGACAGGAAGGAAAGAAAGCGUGAAGGAGAGGAGGACAGGAAGGAAAAGAAGAAAGAGAAGGUAGAGGAGAAAGACAGGGAGGAGAAGAAAGAGAAAGUAGAGGACAGGAAGGAGAAGAAGCAAGAGAAAACAGACGAUAGGAAGGAAAAGCUUGAGGAAGAACCUGAGGAGGAAGACAGAACUCAGUCAGGGGAAACAGAAAAAGACAAUAGAGACGCACUUGACCUCCAUCCUGAUGAAGAGAGCUCGGGGGAAGAGUCAGGGGACUCUGGGGAUGAAGAACCUGAGGAGGAGGAAGAGGACUCCAUGUCACGGAAAAGGGAACUAACUGUAACCACUGAGGAGGACGUAGACAUAAGCUUGAAGGUGAAGAAGCCAAGGUUAGGUUACGUCCAAGUCAACAAAGUGGAGGUUGAUCUUGGUCUAUCCAUCCUCCUGUAUGUUGCUCCAUUGGUUCACCUCUUAGCCUGUCCAUAUACCAAGGUGGAAGAGAGCUUCAACUUGCAGGCAACACAUGAUAUCUUAUUCUAUCGCCACAACAUUAGUGCAUAUGACCACUUAGAAUUUCCUGGGGUGGUUCCAAGGACAUUUCUCGGACCUCUCCUCAUCAGCUUCAUAUCUUCACCUUUGGUUGUAUUAUGCAGUCUCCUGCAUUUGGGUGCUACAAAAUGGAGUGCUCAAUAUGUUGUUCGUGCCAUGCUUGCUUUCAUGGUCAUAUCAUCAUUCAACUCAUUCCGUUCAAGUGUUGCUGACAUCUUUGGCCGGGAUGUCUCAAGAUAUCUUGUUCUACUCACUCUGUCACAGAGUCAUUUCUUGUUUUAUGCCUCUCGCCCACUUCCAAACAUAUUCGCACUUGCUGUAGCUCUGCGUGCCAUCAGUGGCUGGAUGCGACAGGAUCAUGUAGCCUUCAUUCUCUACUCAGCCUUUGUCAUUAUUGUCUUCCGCUCUGAGCUGUGUAUGCUGAUGGGAUUGAUGCUUCUGAUGGAACUCAUGUCCAAGAGACUAGCGAUACCUCAGGUCAUCUUCUGGGGAGCUUUGGGAGGCAUUCUUAGCCUUGGUGCGACGAUAUUGUUGGACUCUUUAUUCUGGCAACGAUGGCUGUGGCCUGAAGGCGUAGUAUUCUGGUACAACACCAUUCUCAAUAAGAGCAGUAACUGGGGCACAAUGCCAUUCCUAUGGUACUUCUACUCAGCAAUCCCAAGGGGGUUAUGGAGUAGUGUGAUCCUUGUACCUCUUGGCUGUGUCGUGGACCGGAGGAUACCAUGGUUUCUACUACCCCCAUUGGGCUUUGUCUUCCUCUAUUCUUUUCUUCCUCACAAGGAGCUUCGCUUCAUCAUCUACGUGAUACCAAUGCUUAAUGUUGGUGCUGCCGCCACCAUUGCAAACAUAUUUCGUAAUGUCCAGAAGUCGGCUUUCAUGAAGAUACUUGCAUUAGGAGUAUUGGGUCACUUUGCAGUUAACAUUAUAGCAACAGCCUUAAUGUUAGGAGUAUCACAUUAUAAUUACCCUGGUGGUGAUGUCAUGCAUCAAAUACAUCAACUUGUUCCUCCUAAUGCUGACAAUGUUCACAUUCACAUUGAUGUAAUGACAGCACAAACAGGUGUUUCAAGAUUCACUGAGGUCAACUCAAAAUGGAGGUAUGACAAGACUGAAGACUUGCUCCCUGGUGGCCCAGAAAUGAUGCAGUACUCUCACCUUUGUAUAGGAGCUUCAUCUGAAGACAGUCAGGAGCUGGCUUGGUAUAAACAAACCCACCGAGUCCUGACAUUUGCCAAGGGAUACGCCGGCAUUCAAAGACCUAGGAGCAUGAAAGAGCUGGUGACGACACUACCAAAACUGAUCCUAGAACCUCAGAUCUUUGUCUUAGAGAGGAGAGGGUGGUAUCCAAAUGAUGGUGAAGAUUGAGGAGUGGCCAGCAUAGAUACAUUUAAUGAUGAUUAGGCCUUUACAAUGUGUGGUGCUAUUGCAUUUUUCUCAGAGUGGAUGUAUAGUGGAUAUACAUACUGUAUGCUCACUAGAGCCAGCUGCGUGUUGUCAAAUUGCAACAUGGUGCUUCUGAAAAUUUCACCUUACAUUAAACAAAUGGACGGAACUAUUUCAUGCUCCAUGGCAAAUAUGACCAAUUGGAUAUGUUUCCUGGUGGAUUCACUCUUCUAAUACUCCACUCUCAUUUUACUGAUUGAAAAUUGCUGAGUGAUUCUGAGGUAUUUAGAUGGUGUUAUUCCAUUUGGAAGUUUUCGUGUGAAUAACAUUUGUGAAUGAACAGGUCACUUUAUUUUGGUAAGAGGGUAUAUUUCUGGUAGUGAAAAAAAAAUUGCUCUGCAUUCCUUUAUUGCAUGCUCAUGGACUCACCUGCUACUGUAGUCUUACUCUUUUUUUUUUACUCAUUUAUUGUUCAUACAGUAAAUUGUUUAUGAAGUUAGAUGUACUUUGGUCUUAAGAUUUGAUAGUGACCUUACAAUAAAAAUGAAUUGUCAUGUUUACAAGAUAAUCAUUAUUAAUUUUCACAAGAAAUUUGAUAAUUUCGUAACAUAUAGACACUUUGAAUGGUACAAUAAAAGUACAGUACUAGUUUUCCAAUACUUAAGAUAAUUGUUCCUAACUUUAGAUUAAUCAUGAUGCAUUUGAUUAUGUAAUGACUAUUAUUUCCCUGGAUAAUGUAGUCAUUGAUAUGGUGCAAUAACCUUUUUUCCCCCUUUUUUGUUGUUGAGGUAUUUAAUCUGUGAUCAUGUGUUUUAAUGAUUCCAACCUAUUUCAUUUAUUGGAAUUAAGUAUUAACUUGCCUGUUGGAUUUGUGUGUUAUAUAUGGUGCCAUUUGGGUCACUAUGGUAGGCUGUGAGUCAAUUCACCAAAUAUAAACUGCCGGUACAAUAAGCAUGUCACAAUCUAGUUUUGCACUUCAUUGUUAUUUGUUUUGUAUCUCAGAUGGGCAUAAUUAAAAACAUUUACAGCCAGAAUUUAAUAGUAUUUGGGCUAAAAAGGGUCUGAGAUAUAACCAUGUGAUGUGAAUACCUAAUGAGGCCCAUUGAAGUCAAUGUGAUAUUGGCCUGCUUAUAAAUGUAUGAAAACCGAUGAAAUGUAAAAUCUUGUUUUGAAAUUUUGUAUGAAGUCAUACUUCCAUACUCUAUAUCGUGAUAAAAAAAUACAUGUAUUUAGGACAUCGAAAGGUUCACAGUUGAAACUAAUAUAAAAAAGUAUAUUUGGAUUGUGAAGUUUGAAUUAGGUUGAUUGCAAGUAAGAAUGUGAUUUUUUUAAUGUUUACUAUUUCGACUAAGAAUCUCUUGCCGGUAUUCUUUUUUUCUUUUUCUUAUUUGAGUAUGUCAAAUCUUGUAUAUUUUCUAGGAUAGCAAAAUUAUUUACACAGAUGCUUUUCGUUGCCAUUAUUUCAGAUCAAAGAUAUCAUGAUUUAACCCCAAAACACAGGCCCAAAUUCAAAGAGUGGAUAUUGACUUUGCUUGAUUUGUCAUGUAAAUUACCCAAUGUCUAAUGAUGAAUGCUUGCUUUUAAUCAUAGAUGAACUGAAAUCAAAGUUUGUUGCUGUGGUUGAUAUCACUUAUUAUUAGAAUGAGCUCAACAUUUAUUUUAAAAAAUGAUUAAAUUACCAUGGUCUAGAACCAUAACAACAAUCAUUUACUAGUGAUGAGCAUCCUGUGGUAAAAGAACAGAUGCAGGAACUAUAUUUUUUUCAGUUUGCAGUAUUUGCUAAAUUUAAUUAGUACAUGGAAAUAAUUAUAGAUAAUACAAUAUUGCACAUACAUUACACAAAUUGCAAACUUAUAUAUUACACCUUUGAAUCCAGUGAAUUUUUCUUCUCUUACACAUUUACUGUUUUGUUCUCUCAUCAAGCUUAGAGAGACAUGCGGCUCAGCCUAUGUACCGUAAGUGUUAUGUACUGUGCAAACAUGUUCAAUUGUUAUUUGUUAACCUUUGGAUCAUAUCAUGGCUGAUAAAACAUUCGGGUUCUUACAGCUACUCGCAAACGAUCUCAAACAGAUGACAUUUCUAAUGAAGGCAAAUGUAACAUCGUGUCUCAUUUAUUUGACCAUGUACAAACUCAGACAAGAGGUGGCGCUAUACCUCUUACCACCUUCAGCAGUGAAUGUGACAAAUUUCCAGAAGAUCAAGUUUAUUUUGGUGAUGUCUUAUUUUAUGUUAGAAUAUAGUUUGACAUUCCUUUUUCUUUACCCUUGUAUUUUCUUAUAAAAUUUGGAUUGAAAGGGUACUUUCAUGAGGAUAUUUUGAUAUUAUUUACUUCUUAUUGCUUGCCAUGUCAAUCUCUGACUUAAAUUUUUAUGAUGAUCCACAGCAUUUAUAUUGUGCCAUAUUUCUGUUAAAAACAUUCAUUUUUAUCAUGUCUUGUAUCUUCUUUUUCUUUCUUCUGUAAGUUAGAGUUGUGCUUUUGUGUGGGGAACGACUGAUCAUGUCAGAGAUUGUGUUCUUUGGAAACGUUCCGCAGUUAAAAUUAAUUCCAUGAUAUUUUCACCAGAGUUUGCACGGAGAUUAUAUGUUUGUGCAUAAUAUUAUGUUCAGGUGUUGGUCAAUUAUGCAAAUAAUGAUAAGUCCUCCCGCUUGUUGAACAUCAAUGAAAUAUGUAACAAAAUUCAAUGAAAUUUAUUAUAUUUAAGUGCAUUUCAGUGGCGAUGGAUAUGGAUAUCAGAGAGCAAGAAGAUAUUGUGCCCGUUAAUCAUUUUUAAGUUGACAUCCUCAUCAAGGAAGUUUUUUUUUUCCAAUUUCUUUUUCCAUCAAGGAAGUUUACCGACAUAUAAAGCAUUGCCAUUGCAACAAUCAAUUAAGAUGAUAAUAUGUCCUAUCUUAUUUGGGGGUCACGAAUCACUUGAAUGAUUUACAGUAAUGAUCUGGUAAAUAUCAUAUCUUGUGAAUGUACAAUGUGAUAAAUGAAAAAUUAAGUAUUAAAUUAUUUGAACAAAUUA